UCCUGGUUCCAUCUCUGUUAUCGUUAGCUUGGUUAAUACAGUACUAUUUACUCUCAAAAUUCAGCGAGGCCGAAAUCGUUCCAAAAAGAAAUGUUUGUAUGUUUGGAAUUACAUUUAAAACUAUGUAACAUUACCAAGAAGAUAAACUUGUUUUCUAAGUGAAUCAACAAGCUUUUUCUUGUCGUAAUUUUACGCGACACAGCCUCUGUGUUUACAGUGAGUGUUGUAUAAUUUGCACUACGGGAACUGCAGCCAUGAUGGCGUCUAGUUAUAACGCUAAGGAAGAGGACGGGAACCCCUCUAGUGCUACGGUCCACGGAGGAGCAGGAACUGUAAAAAACAAAAAGCCGGACAAUACUGCGUUUAAACAGCAAAGACUACCGGCAUGGCAGCCGAUUUUGACAGCGGGGACUGUUCUCCCUGCUUUCUUCGUUAUUGGUCUCAUCUUCAUUCCUAUCGGCAUUGGUCUCUUCGUGACAUCAAACAACAUCAAGGAGUUUGAGAUAGAUUAUACUGGUGUUGAUUUGUCAAGUCCGUGCUUUAACUGCUCUCAAAACUACAUCUGGAACAGUACAACGCCAUGUACAUGCUCUGUCCCCUUUUCUCUGGAUCAACCUUUUGAGAGCAAUGUCUUCAUGUACUACGGAUUGUCCAACUUCUAUCAGAAUCACAGGCGUUAUGUGAAGUCCAGAGAUGACAGCCAGUUGAAUGGAGACUUGUCUUCUCUAAAGAACCCCAGCAAAGAAUGUGAGCCAUACCGCACUAGUGAGAACAAGCCUAUUGCUCCAUGUGGUGCCAUCGCCAACAGUCUUUUCAAUGACACUCUGGAUCUCUAUUACAUUGACCCCAAUGGCUCCAGAACUGCUAUUCCUCUGGUGAAGAAGGGUAUUGCAUGGUGGACCGACAAGCAUGUGAAGUUUAGGAACCCUGCUGGAAACAACCUGACUGUAGUGUUCCAAGGCACAAGCAAACCUGUGAACUGGAGAAAACCUGUGUAUGAGCUGGAUCCAUCCGAUUCGGACAACAAUGGCUUCAUCAAUGAGGAUUUCAUUGUGUGGAUGAGGACGGCAGCCCUGCCCACUUUUCGCAAGCUUUACCGCAUCAUCCAGAAGAAGCCCAACAACAUGUCCCCGACUCUCCCCCGAGGGCAAUACAUCCUGGACGUCACCUACAACUACCCGGUGAGGAGCUUCGAGGGCAGAAAGCGUAUGAUCCUGAGCACCAUCUCCUGGAUGGGUGGGAAGAACCCCUUCCUGGGCAUCGCCUACAUCACUGUGGGCUCUGUGUGCUUUUUCUUGGGCAUCGUUCUGCUAAUUAUCCACCACAAAUAUGGCAACCGUAACAACAAUGCAGACAUUCCCAAUUGAGUGGUUGGUUUCCUGUACGCAUGCCUUGGUCCUGCAAACAAUGGUCUGGCCCUGCCCUGGACUGCUUGCUGAUUCAACCUGAAUGCACUGGUGGUUGUUCAUGUGUUUUGUGUUGUCAGGCUGCAGACCAAUGUGAUUUUUUUUUUUCUUUUAUUAAGAAGCACAGUAUAUAUUCAGCACGUUCCUAUAAGGAAUCUAUUUUAUAGAACUUGGGGAUUUUAAGUGACAGGGAAACCAUUCUGUAUCAUACAUUUCUACCUGAAGUUAUUGGAUGAAUGUCCUGACUAAUUUAAGUGAGUUACAGAGUGUUUUAGACCUUGUGUGUGUAUAAAAAUGGGAUGAGACCCACGAAGGCUCUGGAAGUUCUAUGUAUGUGCAUUACUGAUGAAAGUGUACUCAAGUAUAUUAGUGUUUCUGUUUUCUAUUUAUGCAGAUGUUACUUCAAAGGGGAACACAAAUAUUUGAGUAUUUUUGUCCUGAAUUGCUUCAGUGAUGUCUAUCUUAAACAACGUUUCAGUCACAUUUUGUUUUAUAUCCUGCUGAUGAUUGUACUAAUGUUUUUAAUUUACGUACCUCUGAGACCAUUUCCAAUUGGCCAACAUUUGGAAUGAGGAACAAAAGCUCACAUUCAUGCUUCUGGUUUGUUCAUAAUGGUGGCAAGCAUUUUUUGAGUGAUGAAAGCAGUUAUAGAUUUGACCAAAUAAAUGUUCGUAUACAGAUUU